UGGCUAAUUUCUUGAACACAACUCAACAAUGAGCAGGUGGUCUUUUAUGACAUAUUAACGUGGUCGUUUUAUUAAUUUCUAUGAUCUGGCUGUAAUUUGUUUAACUUAAACACUCGUAACCACAAUGAGACAGAAUUGGCAAUAAAACGCAAUUAAUCUCAAGUGUAGUUUAUUUUAAUAACGAGCCUUUCUGCAUGUUGACGUACAAUUAAUAUACCAGGUGCUAAUAACGGGAUAAAAGGGUUAUUCUCAAUCUAUGAUUGCUUGCCUUCAUUAUUGCGAGCGAAUGUGACGGUGUUUGGGUUGAAAAGAGGAAUUGAGUUUGGUGAAGAGAUUGACAAUGAAGUUUCUUAUAGCUAUCUUUUCAGAAAUGCUUGUAUCAUUGUUGUUGGCAAAUGGAGCUUAUGUCCUAAGGAAAGCUCCGGAGCUCGGACAUGAGGUUUGCAUCAUGGGAACUAAGGAAACGAACGUAAAAUUACGAAGAAAAAUAACCAGCUCGAGAGAAAAGGUUCUUUCAGAUUGCGGAUUUCUAACAGGACCCGUCAUUGAAUGUGAAGAAAACAUAAUUAAGACUGUGAUAUCUUACGUCCCUCAGACGAACACAAAACGCGUUAACAAAACCACUUGUUGUCCUGGUUGGAAAGAUUAUAACCCUUCCCUCGGAUGUUUCAAACCUGCCCCGUGUCUCUCGCUUCCUGAAUACACGCCAUCUCACUGCGUUGCCAGGCGACGGGAAAAACUGGUCAGAAACCGGAAUAAUUACAGGCUGAGGAAGCCACCAAAGGUACCCACAGGGGACCCGGAUGAUCCUGUAAGGGUGAUCUCCAGGAACUUUUUGUAUUUCCGUUGAUUGAUUUAACUUUGAACGAGAGCAGAAGGUUGUCGAAGCUUGAUGGCGAUGAGUUA